GUGGGGCUACGCGUGCGCAGACAGCACUACGUAAGAUGGCCGCCUCGCUUCCCGGGAUGUUUCCGCAUCCGUCGCAGAAUCCGCCACCUCCGCCUCCUGGACCCGGACCUGGACCCCCAGCACCCACCGGGGUCAGUCUCACUGCAGCUCCGCCUAGGCCUCCUAGCACUCUUGUUGACGAGCUCGAGGCGUCAUUUGAGGCAUGCUUUGCAUCACUGGUCAGUCAAGACUAUGUGAAUGGAACUGAUCAAGAGGAAAUUCGAACAGGUGUAGAGCAAUGCAUCCAAAAGUUUUUGGACGUCGCCAGACAAACGGAGUGUUUCUUUCUUCAGAAAAGGCUACAGCUUGCUGUACAAAAACCUGAACAAGUCAUAAAAGAGGAUGUUUCUGAAUUAAAAAAUGAGCUACAGAGAAAGGAAGCCUUGAUCCAGAAGCACCUAAGCAAGCUGCGCCACUGGCAACAAGUCUUGGAAGAUAUUAAUGUGCAGCCCAAAAAAUCAGCAGACCUAGCUCAAGGACCUUUGGCCUAUCUUGAACAAGCAUCUGCAAAUAUCCCAGCUCCACUAAAGCAAACAUGAAAAUUAUACACAUAGGCCAAGAUGUUUGGAACUGUUUUACCUAUUCUGCUACCCCAGUGACGCCACCCUCCUGGCUCCCCCCUGCAACUCCCCCAUCAGUACAAAACAACAGUUCCAGUUAAUUUCUUGAAUAGAGGGAGAUGCCAAAUAUACAUAUACAGUGACUAAAUCACUUUGCAAUUACUUUCAGUUGGACUGUAAGGUAUAAAUUACUGAUACAUGCAUCUUCAGAUCAGUUGUCAAUGUGAAAAUGUGUUUAAUUAUAUUGUUGACAUUGUUAUAAAGCUGUACAAAAAAACUAUGUAUUGCUAUUAUGUAUGUUGCGGAAUUUCUGCAAUUUUCAGAGCAAUUAAAAUAAAGGAUGCUAUUGAA